GUAACGCAAGCGUUACAAAUGAAUUCAAACAAUUCGCGCUCGAUUUUUACCGAUUCUUACGAUUCUCCCAGAUUCUCCUACGCGUCCUAUUCCAACAACAACAACAACAUCUACAAAGAUUCUUACAGAAUAGAUUGAGAUAGUUCAAGUUGAGUGCAUGGAUCACUUACAAGUCUUCCUUCAGUGUGCUUCAGUGCAACCUUCAGUGUAAUUUAUCCCAAUCGGGCAUAAUGCGCGCGUCGACGGAAAGCCGGCGGCGCUCGUCGAUGGCGCCGCGCCGGGUCUCUGACUCGGCCGUCAAGUCGGCGGUGAAGCCAAGCCGCGCUCCUGCCGCCGCGCCCGGCAGCUCGGUCAAGAGCUACCUGCCCCGGCCGUCCACGGCUUCGGCCGCGCGCGGAGGCGCGGCCAGCACCGGGCCGCGUGCACAGCGCUCAGUGGCAGGCCCUUCGGCGCGCUCUCGUCUCACGUUGGCGGCGCCGCGACUGAACGCGUUCACGCCACAGGCUGCGCACCGCGCGCCGGCCGCGUCGGCCGCCACCGCGAGCAAGGUGGCUCAGCCGAGCCGCCUGAGCGUGGACUCUCAGCGCCGGCUGAGCCGCGGCUCGGGGAUCGGCGCCAGUCAGCAGCGGCGUGCCGACCCGCGGCCCGUCUCGGACAGGUCCUACUGGCAGCCGGCCACCCACCGGGUGGUGCAGUUCUUGGCCGACCGCGGCUUCACCGAGAACCGGCCGCCCGUCACCUACAAGGACCUCGUCAAGUGCACCGGCAGAGAAUUCGAUGACAUAUUCGCCUUCAUAUACGGAUUUUUGCAUCCUGGCUUCACUCUUGCACAGAAGAAAAGGGAUGAAGUGGUGCUGGCAAAAAUGAAGAUGCUUGGCUACCCCGGUCAGAUCACGAAGUCGCACCUGAUCACGAUCGGAUGCAUGCACAGCUGGCCGGCUCUGGUGGCCGUGCUCGACUGGAUGGCGGACGUGGUGAACCUCGCCUUCGGACCGCCUGGUGACGACACCGAUCCACUGCUGAUGCUGCUUCCCACAGUCGAUAAAGACGGUUUUCCGGAGACGGACCAGCGUUCGCACGUCCUCCUCAAACACAGUCUGCAGGCGUACGACCGCUUCCUCACCAACCAGGAGCGCCCCGUGGAAGAGGAUGCCCAGGAGCUGUUCGAGGCUCUCACCUCUCUGCGUACCACGGACCCGGCAGAGCUGCGUAGGAUCGAGACUGAAAACCAGCGUCUGCGGCAGGAGCGUCCCGACCUGGCGCGCCUGCAGGAGCAGCUGGACGAGCUGGUGGAGCGCCAGGCGGCGGCCGACACGGACGCCCGACGUCUGUCCGAGUACGUGGCCGGCCGGCGCGAGCAGCAGGCCGAGCGGCUCAAACAGCUCGAGUGGCUGCAGAAGGACGCUCAGGAGCGCGUCCGACUCGCAGAGCUGAAACGUGAACAGCUAGACGCGCUCAAAGUGGAGAUCAGCCAGCAGCAAAUGUCUGCUGAAGAUGUGGCCAAGAUCGCGCAGCAGCGCUCGGAGAUCUGCAAACAAAUCGACGAUGUCAAGGAAGAAAUCGAACAGAUGGCCACGGAGAGCGGCGAGAUACAGAUGGAGUUCGCGCGCUCUCAGUCUCAGCGACAGGCGGCCGUGCGCCGGCUCAACUCGCAGCUGGCGCCGCUGCAGUCGCAGCUGCCCGGAGGCGAGGCCCUCCAGCUGCGACUGACCGGCUCCGAGUCGGACCAGCUGAAGCAGCUGACUGAGUUCGGACACAUCAUGGAGGGCGUGGAGCGGGCGGCCAGACAGGAGCUGGAGAAACUCAACAGCACGCUGCUGCAGCAGGAGCGUCACGCGCGCGAGGCUCGCAGCCGUCUGGAACAGGCUCGGCAGGAGGAGUUUCACGCCUCCAGCCGUCUGAAGCGGCUGGAAGAGGAGGAUGCAGCAGACAGACGCCGGCUGCAGCAGCAGCAUGCGGCGCUCGACGCGCGCAUCGUAGAGGUGGACGAAGAGCUGAGCCGCAUCAACCACGAGCUGCAGCAGCUGGACGUGGGAGCACGGCGCGCCCAGCUGGAGGCUGACAUCAAACGCUUCAAAGAAGAGACGGCAGAGCGCGAGAAGCGCCUGGCACAGAGAUCGCAGAAGUUGGCCGAGAACGCCGCGCUGGCUCUGGAGUUCCGCCGUUGGAUGGAGGAGGACAAUGAACAGCUCGUCCGCUCCAUAGCGGGGCUGUGCGCUCAGGCCGACGAGCGUAUGCGACGGACCAUGGAGCAACACCGUGAACUGCUCGACUCUGCGCUGCAGGACACUUGUAAAUAAGUUAUCGUCGCACUCACAGGCGGCUCCAGCCGGUGCUGUCUGGUGGUGAGGAGGAGUCUGCAACUGCAGCCCCUACCACACCCUCCCUGAGCGAGAGCAGCAACAUUUAUCGGGAGCACUGAGAUCCCCGAGCGGAUCAUUGGCAUUGUAUUGAUACUUUAAUAAAUAAAUGGAUAUAAAAUUCA